AUGCUUUCUCCAAUAACAGGGAUCAUCAAGAAAACUCGAACUGUAAUGGAAUGCAUGCAUCGCUUUUGCAGGGAAUGCAUUGAUAAAGCAAUGCGAUUGGGGAACAAUGAGUGUCCUGCUUGCCGCACACAUUGUGCAAGUCGACGUUCUUUAAGAGAUGAUCCAAAUUUUGACACUCUAAUAGAAUGUUUAUAUCCAGAUAUUGAGAAGUAUGAGGAGGAGGUAGCAAUAUCUAUGAUUUUUCUUGAUUGCUUGUCUUUUUUGAACGGUGUUUUGGAAUGCAUAUCUGUCACUGGUUUGCUGAAUUUGGUUUCAGGAACUGGCUUUUCAUGA